UGUUUUACUUUUAGCACUAACUAUCUUAAGUACCAACACAGGCCUAUAGUGCUCGCCUGUUUUCAGAGCGCUUAUUCCAGGACGUAUCCUCCAUCCUUGGCACGCUCUAAGCAGGCGCAUGAUGAUAGGGCAUUCCCAUGAUCAUUUUCGCAAGCUCUGCCGCUAUCGUCCAACAGCCAAACUCCCCCUGGUUUUGAUAACAAGGGUCUAUAUAAAGCACAAUUCCAAAGCGAGUCUCUGACUUGCGUCUCUUUCUGUUCACCUACUUCAAGCCAUACCAUGCGCGAUAUUUUCUCUUCUCCCGACGAGGAGAAAAUAUUUCAGGGUGAUGUUGGUUCAGCUGAGCGCGCAAGCAGCAAUGGUAGCUAUACACCACCACCACCAGACGUCACACUCCACCGAGAGCUUAAAAACCGCCAUGUUGCAAUGAUAAGUAUUGGUGGUGUAAUUGGCACAGGACUGUUCCUCGGGACUGCAUCGGCACUCAUGAAUGGUGGUCCACUAGGCCUUUUAUUAGGUUACAUGUUCAUUGGGUCUAUAUGUUACUGCGUGAUGAUAACGAUCGGAGAGAUGAUUUCCUAUCUCCCAGUUGCCGGUGGCCAUAUCAAACUCGCCGAGCGCUUCGUUGAUCCGGCAUUCUCAUUUGCAUUGGGAUGGAAUUUAUGGUACAAUUGGACGGUAACAUUACCAGCUGAAUUGUCAGCGGCGGCUACCAUCAUCAAUUUCUGGCAUCCUGGUGUAAACAAUGCGGUAUGGAUAACAAUGUGUCUCAUUGUUGCUGUUGGGAUUAACCUGAGCGGCGUUGGUGUGUAUGGUGAAAGCGAAUUCAUAUUCGCUUCUAUCAAGGUUGUUACGAUUGUCGGUCUCAUCAUCUUGGGGAUCAUUCUUGACCUUGGCGGCGGCCCGAACCAUGAUCGUAUCGGAUUCCGUUACUGGAAAGACCCUGGCCCGUUUGUCCAGUUUGAUGGCAUAAGUGGCAUGACAGGUCGUUUCCUCGGCUGGUCUCGUGUGGUAACACAAGCUGCGUUCGCAUAUGUUGGGGCAGAAGUCGUGGCUAUGGCGGCUGCAGAAGCAAAAAAUCCGCGCAGGAAUUUGCCCAAAGCGAUCCGUCGUGUGUAUAUCCGACUUCUGCUAUUUUAUAUUGGUGGCGUCUUCGUAAUCGGUCUGCUGGUACCUUCGAACAACCCCUUGCUGAACGUGAACUCCGAUAAUGCUUCUGCGUCUCCGUUUGUCAUUGCAAUCAAUCAAGCUGGCAUCAAGGGAUUGCCUGCGGUGAUCAACGCCGCUUUACUGACAUCAGCCUGGUCCGCUGCUUCCAGUGACCUUUACAUCGCUUCCAGAGGCUUAUAUGGCCUCGCCGCCUCCGGCAACGCCCCAAAAAUCUUCCUCCGCACCUCGCGCUCCGGGCUUCCCUAUGUUGCAGUAGCUACAUGCUCCUGCUUCGCCCUCCUCUCUUACAUGGCCGUCAACACGAGCUCCGGAACUGUCUUCACGUGGUUCUCUAGCAUGUGCGCUACUGCGGGCCUCACGACCUGGUUCGGCAUCGGCGUCAUUUAUCUCCGCUUCCGGAAGGGCUUCCUUGCACAGGGGCACAAGACAUCCGAGCUCCCGUACUCCUCUCGGCUCCAGCCUUUUGCUGCGUGGUGGGCUGUUGGCGCAUCGCUUGUGACGCUCUUCUUCAGCGCAUGGGAGGUCUUCCUAAGAGAUAACUGGUCAACAGCGACAUUCAUCACGAAUUAUCUGCCCAUAAUGUUUUUCCCCAUUUUAUACGGUGUCGUCAAGAUCACGAGGCGGGCACCUCUCGUCAAGCCAAGCGAGAUGGACUUCCAUUCUGGCAUCGCAGAGAUCGAGGCCAUCACGCAUGCAGACGUGCCCCCAAGGAAUAUGGUGGAGGCAUUUUGGAUGUGGCUUAUGUGAUGAUUGCGUUCCACGUUGUCCGAUAUCAUAUUAGGACCAAACAACUGUUCCCAUGUCAUAAAUGUCUGAAUGUCGCUGGCAAGCAGGUUG